CCAGAACAUCAGGGGGCAGACGAGAGCCAGGCUAACGUUGCACUUCUCGAUAGCCGAAGAAGAACCUGCUUAGCCGAGCAAAAUGGCGGACGUUGAAAUGGACAUCAUGUCCAGAAGAAUGAAUAAUGGAAACGAACACGUAAAGCAAGACCUGGAGAGAGACGAAAGAAGCGGGAAUGAGGACAGCGGAGACUUGUCAGAAGAGGAGGGCGAAGAGGAGCAGGCGGGGACUAAUGGCGAGAAGAAUGAGGAAGGGUCCAAGCAUCACAGCAGCAGCGGCGGGAAACACAAGAGGAAAAAACACAAGCACCGCAGCAAGCACAAAAAGCACAAACACGCAGCCGAGGAGGACAAGGAGCGCAAGCGUAAGCACCGCCAUAAGCAUCGGAAACACAAACGCAAGGAGGCCUCCUCCCCCGCCGCCGCCACCGCCGCUGACGUCCCUUUUGGCGCCGCCAGCAACAGGAAGCUGGAGUCCUCUCCGUCCUCCGGAAACCCCAGUCUGGACGACCGGGCCGUGCUGGAGGAUCUGGAGAAGCAGAGGGCCCUGAUCAAGGCUGAGCUGGAUAGCCAGCUGAUGGAGGGCAAGGUCCAGUCUGGCAUGGGUUUGAUCCUUCAGGGGUACAACUCUGGGUCCGAGGAGGACGCCGACGGCAGGUUCAGAAACGGAGAGCAGCGUCCGAGGGGCAGCUCAGGUAAACUCAUAUCUCCCAAAGGGGAAAAAGGCGGGAAAUCCAGAAGGGACUCAAUCGACGGCAGUAAAUCCGGGUCCAAGCGCCGCAGUCGGAGUAAGUCGACAGACAAGCCGGCCAAGGAGCCCAAGCCGGACAAGGGGACCAAAAGCAGCAAGGAGGCUGCAGCGAAAGACCGCGGGCGCGCGCGGAGCAGAUCGAAAGACAGAAAACAGAAACAGUCCGGCAGCGCCGAUCGCUUCAAGGAGAAGAGGAAGUCUGCCUCUCCUCCCAGCUUCAGGAACGAGCAGAAGGCCGGGCGCCCCGACAAGCGCUCGUCCCCGCAGCGAGACGAGAGACCAAACCAGGAGAGGCCGAGCCGGCGCUCCAGGUCGCCCGUACGGGACCGGCCCAGCCGCUCCGACGCCGAGCGGGACAAGCGGCCGGCCAAGUCCCCCUCCAAGGACACGUCGCUGGGAAAGGAGAACCGCUCCCCUCACAGACGAGGACCCCACAGCCCGGCGAGGAGACGCAGCGCCUCCCCCCGCCACAGAGACGCCCACCACCCCUCAGCCGGUGCCUCAGACAGGACUUCAAAACAUUCUCCGCCCAGAAGGUCCCCGGCCCGGAGAGCACGCAGCCGCUCAACAGAGGCCCGCAGGAGGGAGGCAGACAGACAGGACUCACCUCUGAGGAAGCGAACUCGGGCCGACGCCGGGCCGCUCGGGGACCGGUCCCGGGAGAAGAGUCCCAGGUCGGCCUCUCGGCGCAGGGUGAGCCGCUCGCCUCUGAGGAGGAGGUCUCCGUCGCCGCCGCUGCCGCGCCGCUCUCGCUCCUCGCCUCGGAGGCGAAGCAGGUCUCCGCUCAGGCGCAGGUCCGGGGAGAGAGACCGGUACGGACGGCCGCGCCAGUACCGCCGCUCCAUGUCCCGGGAUCGCAUGAGGAGACGGCGCCGCAGCAGAGACGAAGACAAGUUCAAAGGAAGCCUGUCGGAGGGGAUGAAGCUGGACCAGGAGUCCUCCGAGGAUGAAAUGUUGGAAGACUUUGAAGGGGAGGAGAUCGACGAAGAAGCUCUUAUCGAGCAGCGGCGUCAGCAGCGCAUGGCCAUCGUCCAGAAAUACAAGACGGCCAACGAGGAGAGCAACAUGGCGUCGGAGCCCAACAGCCCUCAGAGCAGCACGCGCAGCCGCUCGCCUUCGCCCGACGACAUCCUGGAGCGGGUGGCCGCGGACGUCAAGGAGUACGAGCGGGAGAACCUCAACACGUUCGAGGCCAGCAUCAAAGCCAAGCACAACCUGAUCGCCCAGGAGAAAGACGCAGCAGCCAACCCAAAGAAGCCCACCGCCCCCGACAUGUUCACGGAGUCCGACGACAUGUUCGCCGCUCAUUUCGACAGCGCCAGGAUGAGAGCAGCCGGCGUGGGGAAGGACUUCAAGGAGAACCCCAACCUCAGGGACAACUGGACCGAUGCCGAGGGAUACUACAGGGUGAACAUCGGCGAGAUGUUGGACAAGCGCUACGACGUGUACGGCUACACGGGCCAGGGAGUGUUCAGCAACGUGAUCAGAGCCAGGGACACGGCCAGGGCCGGCCAGGAGGUGGCGGUCAAGAUCAUCCGCAACAACGAGCUCAUGCAGAAGACGGGUUUGAAGGAGCUGGAGUUCCUCAGGAAGCUGAACGACGCCGACCCAGACGACAAGUUCCACUGCCUCCGCCUCUUCCGCCACUUCUACCACAAGCAGCAUCUCUGCCUCGUCUUCGAGCCUCUGAGCAUGAAUCUGCGCGAGGUGCUGAAGAAAUACGGCAAAGACGUCGGGCUCCACAUCAAAGCCGUGCGGUCGUACAGCCAGCAGCUCUUCUUGGCUCUCAAGCUGCUCAAACGAUGCAACAUCCUCCACGCUGACAUCAAGCCAGACAACAUCCUGGUGAACGAAUCCAAAACCAUCCUGAAGCUGUGCGACUUCGGGUCCGCGUCGCACGUCGCCGACAACGACAUCACUCCAUAUCUGGUCAGCCGCUUCUACAGAGCUCCGGAAAUUAUCAUAGGAAAGCCCUACGACUACGGCAUCGACAUGUGGUCCGUGGGCUGCACGCUGUACGAGCUCUACACCGGCAAGAUCCUGCUGCCCGGCUCCUCCAACAACCACAUGCUCAAGCUGGCCAUGGACCUCAAGGGCAAGAUGCCCAACAAGAUGAUCCGCAAAGGCCUGUUCAAAGACCAGCACUUUGACCAGAACCUCAACUUCCUGUACAUUGAAGUAGACAAAGUGACCGAAAGGGAGAAGGUGACCGUGAUGAGCACCAUCAACCCCACCAAAGACAUGCUGGCGGAGCUGAUCGGCGGGCAGCGGCUGCCCGAGGACCAGAGGAAGAAGGUGAUGCAGCUGAAGGACCUGCUGGAGAGCACGCUGAUGCUGGACCCGGCCAAGCGCAUCAGCAUCAACCAGGCCCUGCAGCACCCCUUCAUCCAGGAGAAAAUCUAAGGCCAGGCACUCCAGCAGCCCACGGGGACAGAAGCAACCACUAAAGCAGCUCUGGAGGGACUCUGCAGCGAGGCGGCCCACCCUCCCCUCCGUUCUAAGUUACGCGUUUUAUUGUAAAUAAAUCCCCCCCCCUCCUACGAAACGGUAGCCAUCCCUCCACACGCUGAUUCUUCUGUUGGGUUUUCACGGCACACCUCCGCUCAAGACGCCGCGACAGACUUCCCUAUUUAACCGGCAACCGGAGCUCCAGAUGUUUAAAAAGAAAAAAGUCUAAUUCCUGUAAAUACUUUUUUGUCCAUUGCAUCGACAGCAUCCAGCGGCAGACGGUAGGAUCUAGUUCGUUAGAGGCAGACGUCUCGUUUGGAAGCGCGUUGCUCACUGUGGGACAAUGCAUGCUUUAUGUUUUUCCCCUUUUUUUUUAUUUUUUUUUUUUUUUUCGUUGUUGAAUGCGCGCCCUCUGUACUCCGUGUGGUGCCAGCCGUGUAAAUGCGCCGUGUCUGCAGAUCCCCACGUGUUAACGGUAAGCCUCGCCAACGUCAUCCAUCGCCCUCAGCCACUGACGCCUGAACUGAAGGAAAAGAUGCAGAUGUGUGUUUUGGAUUCAUUUCAAAUUUUCGGUUUAUUUUAUCAUUUUUUUUACCCUUCUCCUCCUCCUCCUGCACUCUGGCUACAUUCUGGCUCUAAAGGCUCUCCCAUUCAAGUGCCUCCUGUCUGAGCCUGGUGUUUUCAGCACCAAACAAUGCUGGCCUGUAGAAGCCACACCUGUUACCCCCCCCCCACCCCAAACAUUGUGUGUAAAUAUAGCCCAAAGUUACUGUCCUUCCCCGUGUCUUUAAUCCCUUUCUUUACAUCCGCUGGUAAAAAAACCAAUCUUGUGAUUUCAGUAAAGAAUAGUUGUGGAAACGCUGCGGAAAGAGCACCUUCACUAUCAAAUGGCUUUUUAGUAAUAAAAUGUUUCCCAUUAUAUACAAA